CUCACUAGGACGAUGGCUUCUAUCGCUGAGCGCACGUUCAUCGCCAUCAAGCCCGACGGAGUCCAGCGGGGACUGGUGGGAGAAAUCAUCAAGCGGUUUGAACAGAAAGGAUUCAAACUGGUGGCCAUGAAAUUAAUACAUGCCUCUGAAGAUCUUCUGAGAGAACACUACAUUGACCUGAAAGACCGUCCGUUCUAUGAGGGUCUGGUGCAGUACAUGCACUCUGGACCUGUUGUAGCUAUGGUGUGGGAAGGUCUUAACGUGAUUAAGACUGGAAGGGUGAUGUUGGGGGAAACUAAUCCAUUCGAUUCAAAGCCUGGCACUAUUCGUGGUGACCUUUGCGUCCAAGUGGGCAGGAACAUCAUUCACGGAAGUGAUUCUGUAGAAAGUGCGGAGACAGAGAUCAAUUUGUGGUUCACUCCUGAAGAGCUGGUUGAUUACAGAAGCUGCGCUCAUGAGUGGAUCUAUGACUAA